UUUCUCUUCCCCGGUACUCAUAGGACCCAGCCCCUCCAGCGCCGCGGACUUGGGCGGGGCGGGAUGGGCGAGGUAGGCUGGAGAGCUGAGCCACCGAGCCUGCGGAGCUAAUGAAGAACGGCUAGUAGCUUCCGCGCAAGGUCCCGGCGUGGACGUAACUGGGACGCACAGGCCGAACUGGCGCUGGGAGCUCAGAGCGCCUUCUUCCCGAGACCCCGACGCGUUGCUUGGCUACCGCGUCGUCUCAUCUCCCUCCGCAGUCUUCAGGGCCGGGCCUCGGGGCCAUCGAGGCACCCGGCCCGGAGCUCUCGCGGUUCUCCUCUCCAAUGAAUCAGAAGGUGCGCCCAGCGCUGCUGCCUCCCCAAGAUGUCGGAGACACGGUAGAGACGCUUAUGGUUGACAAGGGGCAGACUGGGAAAACUAAGGGCCCAGCCAGCAGGACACAGUCAUGAAGCUGCAGGCAGAACAAGCCUUACAUGUCUUCUGGGUUUCCAGCCUGAUGCCCGGAGUAUCCCAGUGUGGAUUGGAGGAGAGGCAGUUACAUCCAGUAAUCAAGGCCUUCCUGUGUGGCUCCAUCAGUGGGACCUGUUCUACCCUCCUUUUCCAGCCCCUGGAUCUUCUUAAAACACGCCUGCAGACUCUCCAACCCUCAGACCAUGGGUCCAAGCGUGUUGGGAUGUUGGCUGUAUUCUUGAAGGUGGUUCGCACAGAGAGUCUUUUGGGCCUUUGGAAAGGGAUGUCCCCUUCCAUCGUGAGAUGUGUCCCUGGAGUUGGAAUCUACUUUGGCACCCUCUACUGUUUGAAGCAGUAUUUCUUGCGAGGCCAUCCCCCGACUGCCCUGGAGUCGAUCAUGCUGGGCAUGGGCUCUCGCUCUGUUGCAGGGGUUUGCAUGUCACCUAUCACAGUGAUCAAGACACGUUAUGAGAGUGGGAAAUAUGGCUACGAGAGCAUCUACGCAGCCCUGAGAAGCAUCUACCGCAGUGAGGGACACCGAGGCCUGUUCAGCGGCCUGACAGCAACUCUCCUUCGUGAUGCACCCUUUUCAGGAAUUUACCUGCUGUUUUACAGCCAGACCAAAAGCCUAGUGCUCCAUGACCAUUUGGAUGCAGCCUUUGUUCCUGUUAUAAAUUUCAGCUGUGGGAUAUUUGCUGGUAUUCUGGCAUCCCUGGUAACUCAACCUGCAGAUGUUAUCAAGACCCACAUGCAGCUCUCCCCAGUGAAGUUUCAGUGGAUAGGCCAAGCAGUAACUAUCAUUUUCAAAGACCAUGGGUUGCGUGGCUUCUUUCAAGGCAGUGUCCCCCGGACCCUCCGCAGAACUCUGAUGGCAGCUAUGGCGUGGACAGUCUAUGAAGAGAUGAUGGCCAAGAUGGGCCUGAAGUCCUGACAAGAGAAGACCAGGAAAGGGUGGAAUCUGUCGUCCUGCGUGGUUCCAGUCAAGCGCUGCUUCAUCUCAGUAUCUGGAGUCUGAUGAAAAACCAGGAAGAAAUGUCACUGCCUUCAGUCCCUGAUUCAAGGAGAGACCUGACUGGGUACUUCAGAUCUCCCAGAAGAGGAGUCAUCAAUACAUACAGCACACUGGGAAGUUGGGACAGGUUCGCUUACCCUGCAAACUACUUGACAGGCAUUUCCAGAGAGAGUCCUGCUAGGUGGCUCUACUUCAGUUACCUGCACACCACAGCUCCUUGGGCAUGUGCUGGGGCAAGGAGUCAUAAUUCAGAGAAGCUGUACACCUCCUGCCAUGUCUGAGGAGCUCUACCUGGGGAACACUGGAUCUGAGAAGAGAGAUCACUGUCACCAGGUGAAGACUAUCUGAAGUGAUGCCAGGUGGAAAAAGAAAAGAUGUCAUUUACUUGGUUCCUAAUCAACUUCUCAGAGGCUCUGGA